UCUGCCUCUGUUGACGGUUCUCCAGUUCUCCGCUUCUCCCUCGUCUCUCACCGCCCAGCGACACUCCGGUCAGGUGGUCACGCUCUCCGCCCUCGCUCCUCAGUCCUCACUUCAUCGACUCAGUCGUCUCAGCGGCGACCGUACGGCACUCAGCGGCUCUGCGGACCUCACCUCAGCCUCGCUCCUCAGCCAGUCCAUCCUCUGCGGCUCUGCUCCACUAAGUCACUGUAAAUCCAAGGCUCAAGCCCACAAGGUCAGCAAUCAUGGUGGGGUUCAAGAACAGAUACAUGGUGUUGGAAGUGUUUUUGGAUCCAAAUAAAGAUCUUACUGGAAAUGACCCCAUUAUAAUCACCCAAUUCAAUUUGUCAAAAUCUAUCAAGGAUAGCAUUCUAGCAAACUUUGGAGAGUGUGGUCUAGCCUCAUCACUCAAUUCAUUUCAAGUGAAGUAUGUAAAUCCUAUUACAAAAGUGUGCAUCAUUAGAGCAUCCAGGCAACAGUACCAAAAAGUUUGGGCUGCAAUUACCAUGAUUACAAGUAUAGGGAACUGCCCUGUGGUAUUCAACUUACUUAAACUGAGUGGAUGUAUCAAGGCAUGCAAAGAUGCUGCUUUGAAGUGUGAAGAGUCAAAGUUUGAGAAUUGCAAGUUACUGGCUGGAAUCCAGCUUAAUGAUGAUGUCAAGCAGCACAUGCAGAAUUGCCUCGAGAAGAUCAAAGUUUUGGAGCAUUGAGUUUAAACAAGUGAUUUUUGAGGUAUAUCAUUCUUUUUAAAAUGUGUUGGGAAGUUAUAUAAGAAAUUAUUUUCAUUUUCUUUGUGUUUGCAAUGGCCCAUUCAUUUUGAGUGUUGGUUUUCUUGGUUGAUUUAUUGCCAGAACAAAAAUGUCCACUUUCAUUCUUUAGUCACUGAUAAUUGCCGCAUGCUACUACUCUUCCAAGAAGAGAGAAAAAAGGAAACAGGAAAAGAGUUGAUCAAAACUGCUUAUUUUUAUUUACUACA